UCUGGGAUGCUGUGGCUGCUGUUCCUCACCCUCCCCUGUCUGGGGAGCACAAUGCCUGUGACUCCUGACCUUGGCUCAGGAAAGGAGUUGGUAGGCAUCGUCGGGGGCUGUCCUGUCCCAGUCAGCCGGUUCCCAUGGCAGGUCAGCCUGAGGUUCUAUGACAUGAAGGGCAGAAAAUGGGAACACAUCUGUGGGGGCUCUCUCAUCCACCCUCAGUGGGUGCUGACUGCUGCCCACUGCGUGCGGCCGAAAGAACUGGAGGCUUGUGGCUUUCGGGUCCAAGUUGGACAGCUGAGGCUCUAUGAAAACGACCAGCUGAUAAAAGUGUCCAGGAUCAUCCGCCACCCCAAGUUCUAUGAGAAGCUGUCUGCUCUGGGGGGUGCAGACAUUGCUCUGCUGAAACUGGACACCCCAGUUGUGCUGUCAGAGCAUGUCCACCCUGUCACCCUCCCUGCUGCUUCCCAGAAGGUCUCCCCAAGGAAGACCUGCUGGGUGGCUGGCUGGGGUGUCAUCGAGGACAACAUGCCACUGCCACCACCCUACCAUCUACGGGAAGUAGCAGUCCCCAUUGUGGGAAACAAUGAUUGUGAGCAGAAGUACCAGACCAAUUCUUCCUUGAACAGCAAGACCAGGAUCAUCAAAGAGGACAUGCUUUGUGCUGGGAUGGAGGGCCGGGACUCCUGCCAGCGUGACUCUGGGGGCCCUUUGGUAUGCAGGUGGAACUGCUCCUGGAUCCAGGUGGGUGUGGUCAGCUGGGGCAGAGGCUGUGGACUUCCUGACUUCCCUGGUGUAUACACUCGAGUGAUGAACUACAUAUCCUGGAUCAACCGCUAUGUCCCUAAGUUCCCAGAACCCUCGAUGGGGCCAGAUGGGAUUCAUACAACGAAAGAGACCCUAACAACUCUUGUUGACCCCCUCACUCCUUCUUCUGGUCAAGCCUCACCCUAUUAACCCUCCCUAUCCCAUGAUAAUGAAAAUCCUUCUGCUCCUGGUCUAAAGUCUCUAGUGUACCUUACCUCUGGGAGGGUGGGGCUAAAGUCACAUCUCUCAGAAGUAGCUGG